UGCGCAAGGCAAUGCGCUCCAGUCCACGGCCUGGAAGUCAGCUGCAGAAUCUAGGAUACGGAAUUACAGAGCAAAAUACCUAAACUACAGUGAAUCUAACGUUCAAGUGUUGGAACGAGUAAGAUGAGGAGGUGCUGGAACAUAGUAGGAGGUGUCGUGGCCUGCCAUGCUCCGCCAAAUCGAUAAAUCCACAGGCCUGGCUGGUGAAACGGACGCGAGACUCCCAGUGAUUCGUCAGAGGAAAACGCUGGUCUUGUUGUCCUCGCGAUGAUGCCUCACACCCCCCAACAACCGCCACCAGCACCUUCAUCCUGCCAAGUGUCCCACGCUAAUACAAUCCUGCCGUGUGUCCUCUUCGAGUAACCCAACCGAGCCGUAGAGUAAUAGUAUAAGCCAAACACAGAUUCGUGACCCAAGCAGUGAAAUCCUCCUCCUCUUAUUCUUCCUCCUCUCAUACUCUCUUGAAAACUAGAACCACAAAAAAGAUCACGCCUUAGUCACGGCAGCUCCACCAUCCGCAUACCACGACUCCUCCAAGAUCAUGUGGUGAACAUGAACGAGAUGUGAGUACAGACAGCCCUGCCGCCCUCGCUCACAGCUCGGCUGGAGAGGGUGUUCCUGACCCAGCCAGUGAGGAGAGCAUGGACGUGUCCGAGGCCAGCAACAGCAGCGGGACCCUGGCCAAUCACUCGCCUCUCUCCGAUAACAUUUACUCCUACGAGCAGGGUGUCCGCGACCCUUUAAGGUUUCCAAUGCAGCAGAACGGGCGGCUAGUGGGCGCGGCGCUGGAGAGGGACCUCUCUUCAGCCUCGGGAGCAGGCCAAGCAGCUGCAGCGCCUGCGGGAGGACAGAAGCCCGCCCCUUUUAACCUCUCCCACCUCGAGUACACUUUGCCAGACACGGAGAUAUAUGAGCCAGAGACAGUGGACUUCCCAAACUCACCGACGGCUCUGCGGUACAUGGUGGACCCCAGCGAGGAGUGUGGCGGCGUGCGGCUGGCUGAGCGGGAAGACACCUCGCAGCCGCCCGCCACGCCCACAGAGGAGGACCGCUCUCUGUAUACGGCCGUGGUGUCGCCGCCCACCGGCCAGGUCACCCUGAGGAAAGAGCGACCCUCUAGCCUGGAAGUGAACCGAAAGAAGCGCCUGACCGUCACCGAGGAGCUGCUGACGGUGGCUGUGGAUGACGACCAGCACUCCAUCUCGUCCCUCAGUCAGCACAGCGAUGACGAGGACGACGACGCCCAGAUGUUGUCCCACGACGAGUUCACCGACAUGCUCACGCCGGACGACAUCGACACCCCAGACGAGCUAGAGGAGUCCAUCAUGGAGCGUCUGGGGCCCCAGCCAAGGAUAGAUCCCCUGCCGGAAUACACCACCAGCCAGGAAGCCAGCGAGGAAAGGUCGUGGCGCUCAGUUGUCAUAUCGGGCAUCGAGAGGAGAAUCGACAUGAAGGUGAUUGAGCCAUACAAGAAAGUGCUAAGCCACGGAGGAUAUUUGCUAGGCAGCAGCGAAGCCAUCAUAGUGUUUUCCGCCUGCUUCCUUCCAGACAGAUCCCGGAAGGACUACGACUACGUCAUGGACAACCUCUUCAUGUAUGUCCUGACAACCCUGGACCAGCUGAUCGCUGAAGAUUACAUUCUCAUCUACCUCCACGGAGCAACCACGCGGGGCAACAUGCCGUCCUUCGCCUGGCUCAAGCGCUGCUACCAGAUGAUCGACAGGAGGCUCCGGAAGAACCUGCAAGGCCUGUACUUGGUGCAUCCAACCUUCUGGGUGAAGACGGUGGUGGUAAUGACGCGUCCCUUCGUCAGUGCAAAAUUUACCCGCAAAUUGAGAUUUGUAAAUAGUUUGAAAGAACUCUCCAGCCUUAUCCCAAUGGACCAAGUGUGCAUUCCGGACAGAGUCAAACAGUAUGAUGAGAUCAGGGAGAGUCUACUGGUGAAGGCAUGAAUAAACCUGAAGCACAAAACUGUGUGGAAUGCUGCUAAGACCCCAAGCCAGUAUGGACAGCAAGUACCUCCGUUCAUCUGCCUUCUGCUGCUGCUGCUGUACAGAUUUAACUGUAAAUGCUGGGACUUAUUGUCCAACAAGAAAUGUGUGACUAGACUUUAAUGAUCUACAAAUGUAAAAUCGUUACUGAAUGGCAGCAAUUGAACACUGUGUCUUUGUGAGAGGAUGAGCUGAAGGAAUUAUAAAGGCCUAAAAUUGAAGAUAAUUUUGCAUAUCAGUUAUUAGUUAAUUUGUUAUUCGAUGUGAUGAGAAAAAUAUUGUAGUAAAAUUGUGAUUGUUAGAGAGAAGCAUUUAGAGCACAAAGUGAACAGACUCGCUCUGCAUUCCUGGCUUGAGGCUCCGAGGCGUGCCUGGUGAGGAGUGGGGCCGGUGCUUUGCCAGUGUGGCGAGGUGCGUACACUUACCGCAAGAGAAGGACUGAGUGAGAGACAAAGAGAUUGUUACUGUUGUCAUUUGUUAGCACGGAAGUUCCACUAUGAAUACAAUUAUGUUAUACCUAUAUAUAUAUAUAUAUAUAUAUAUAUAUAUAUAUAUAUAUAUAUAUAUAUAUAUAUAUAUAUAUAUAUAUAUAUAUAUAUAUAUAUAUAUAUAUAUAUAUAUAUAUAUAUAUAUAUAUAUAUAUAUAUAUAUAUAUAUAUAUAUAUAUAUAUAUAUAUAUAUAUUUGUUGCUGGUAAAGAAAUGUUUAGGUUCCUGUAUCAUGUAUAUUAUGUUAAGUGUUCUACAGAUAAGGAUGUUGAUGACUGCACCCACAUGAAUCUACGGCUUAACAACAUGACUAGUGCUGCAUAUUUGUCUGGGUGUCCGUUUAUGUAUAUGUUAUCUAUAUCAGUAUAUAUAUAUAUAUAUAUAUAUAUAUAUAUAUAUAUAUAUAUAUAUAUAUAUAUAUAUAUAUAUAUAUAUAUAUAUAUAUAUAUAUAUAUAUAUGUAUACAUAAAAUAUGAUAUAAUAUAUAUGAAUACAUAUAAUAAUGGUGAGAAUUGUGUGGAGUGUAGGAGUUCGUGUAGAUAAGAGGCAAGUGAUGAACAGCGAUGCAGUGAAGGAUCUUUCAGCAAUCUGUACAGCACUGCUGGAGAAAAUCUACCCAACUUAUUCUGCAUAUACACUAAAUGUAUAAACCACUGAAGAUGCAUGCAUGCUUUGUGAAUAUUGUAAACAUAUGCAUUAUAUCACACGUGUGAUAGAUGACAUCAUAUACAAAACCCAAUAGCCUUUGUAAUACUUAAUGUAAUGCUGGCCAUUAUAACAACUGCAGAUGAUAAACUCAUAACAUAAUUUCUUUCAUUUUGUACGUAAUAUACGUAUAUAAUUUCACGAACACUCAGCUUAUUUCAUGACUAUGGCAAUAACCACAGUAUUCUUUACCAAAGUAACCAUAAUCAUAACUUGCUGGCUUCACACUGCUAUUUUCAUCUUCAGAAAGCAGAAUUUAGAUGCAUAAUAUUCACACUGUACAACUUUUGGUGAAAAGAUACCUUAACAUUUCCUCCGUUGCCAGUAGUCCCUAUCCUCCCGGUGACAGCCGCAGCACAUUGGCCCCAGUGCAGUGCUCAAUGUACACGCUGAAAUAUUUCUCACAUCGGCUUGAACGUACCACGUAUAUGCUAACUGGUGAGAGUUGACGUCAUGGUGCAGUUCAACUAUCUGCAUUAUCAAGAACUAUUGUUUUUCAAACAAGAAAAGUCAUUCCUCCGCCCAAAUAUUGCGUGAAAUGCAGUUAGGAGACAGCUGGGUGACGUUGUCUCCUUCCUUGGUAAUGGAAGAGGUGGAGUGUUUGGUACUCUGCACACCUCUCCAUCACAGCCCAGUCAUGCAUCCAAAAGACAAUACUUCAUUUCAACAUCUUUCCAUUUCACUCUGUCUGUGAAUGUGCACAUAUUUGUAACAUGGAGAAAAUCUACUGGCGAGCACAUGUGAUUUUAUUUAGAAAAUUUUGCUUGGCAGUUAUUGAUACUGUGUCAGAAUGAAGAGCAGUGCAGUGUUUGGAAAAGUGCCAGAAGAGUGAGUUGGUAGUUGCGGUGCGAUGCUCCUGGAGGUUAGGGUCUAGACCUUGGUUUACAUUGAGUGCUGAAGGUUUACAUGUCACAUCAUAAACACAACAGUACUGUCCCACCGUGCAGGAAGAUAGAUUUUAGCUACAUUAAUUUUCUAGGAAAGCAUCAUGAAGAAGUAUGUAAAUUAUUUUAGUUACUUUUACAUACUCAUUUCUUAAAACAAAUAGUGUACAGUGUAAAGCCUUGUACAUACACGGCAUGUGACAAGUCUUCAUAAGACAUACAAUAUAUAAUUAACAUACAUACACAUAACUGAGUCAUUGUGAUCUUGCACGUUGACCACGGUGUGUCGAUGUUGAGUUAGUGGCUUGCUAGUCUUCCCCAGGUAACAUUAGCAUCACCAUUGAUCCCUUCCUGUCCUCUUCUGCCUGCGACCCUCCAUUAACCGCUUCUAUGGAAACUUCACUCAAACUAAUGUCACCCGAGAGCAUUUCUUUUUGACAAUUUUACCCAGAGUAAUUGUCCUCAUGAAAAAUUUAUCACUAACACAAUUUAUCAUGGGGAAUUGCAUGAAGGGAAAUCUUGUGGGUGGAAUGUUCGUGGGGAGUUUGUUUUGAGGGAAGUAACGAUAUUCAUUACAUAACAUAUCACAGGACUGGACUAAUACACUCCUACAGAACCCAACUUUACCAAUUACAAGUUUUACAGUUACACAGAAUAAGGAAAGUUAUACACAAGUUCAUGUAAAAUGUUCCUUUCUAAACAAAAAAUCAUACUGUGGAUAAGUUCCCUUUUCAUGAGACCAAUAGCUUCUGAGACUCCUGUACUGUACACCCACCAUUCUCAUACCAUUAGUGUGUACUUGUGUAGCAGCUACUUCUGACUGACCUACUCACACUGUCACUUAAUAAACCGUCUGCGUUUCAUGGCAUCACGUGAAUUGACAUUAAUUCAUAUAGGAGUAUUUUCUAAUGAUUUAAGCAAUGAUAUCAUUAUAAAGCAUACAGUUUUAUUAUCUCAUGUAUUGUACUAUAUUGUAUACGUGCGUAGUUUAUUAUUGUUUGGUUAUUUGAAUAGAUUUUAUGCAGUAUAUUUUUAUGAUAUAAAGCAAUCAUGUAUUUGACUUACAUGCACUUUAAUGAGAUAUAUUUAUGGUACAUUAUAUGCUGAUUAUUAUUAUGGUUUGCAUAAUAAUUACUUGACUACUUGAACCCAUCCCACAGGUAGCUCAUUCCGGCGUCACCUUCCUCUGCACAAUACAGGAAAUUAUGGUUUGUGAGUUUCUUUUCGAUUCGUCAUAACUUUCCACUCGAAUAUCAAAAUUUGAAAUAAAGACAAUUGGAGAGUACAUUGGCAUACAUAUUAUGCUGCUUUUUCAGGUACCUUGGUUUCCAAUAAUGUAUUUGGAAUAAACUAAUAUAGAGAAGCUGUUGUAUCGUUUGUAUAUGAAGACAAUAUAUGGAAUGAUGGUA